AUGGCAACGGGGGUCAUUGUGGAGCUCCAAAGAAACUCUCCCAACUGGGCCACGGUAGUGGAAGACAUAGUGAAGCUAGAGCGAAAGAUAUUUCCCAAACAUGAAUCUCUUGCUAGAAGCUUUGAUGCAGAGCUGAGAAAGAAGAACAGUGGGUUGCUUUACAGGGAGGUAGAUGGUGAAAUUGCAGGCUAUGUCAUGUAUUCCUGGCCUUCUUCCCUGUACGCUUCUAUCACAAAGCUCGCAGUGAGGGAUGCUUGUAGGAAGCAAGGCUACGGAGAGGCACUGCUGACAGCAGCCAUUCAGAAAUGCAGAACCAGAAAUGUGCAGCGCAUAACGCUUCACGUUGAUCCCUUGAGGACUCCUGCCGUGAAUCUUUACAAGAAACUCGGUUUCAAAAUCGAUAACCUCAUAGAAGGUUAUUACUCUUCCGAUCGAAAUGCCUAUAGAAUGUACUUGGAUUUUGAUGCCAGCCAGUGA